AGAGAGAGAAGAAGUGACGUGUGUUAGCAGCCUGUCUGGUGACGUGUCUUUGCUGCUCUCUCUUUCCUUACGGAGCGGCUGGAUGGAGCCACACUGACUCCACUGAGCAGUCAAACGGAUACCAGUAACACGGCAGCGGGCAGCCUAAGGACACCAUGGGGAUUAAAUUUUUGGAAGUCAUCAAGCCAUUCUGUGCAGUCCUGCCAGAAAUUCAGAAACCAGAAAGAAAGAUUCAGUUUAGGGAAAAAGUACUAUGGACCGCCAUCACAUUAUUCAUCUUUCUGGUGUGCUGCCAGAUUCCACUCUUUGGUAUCAUGUCGUCAGAUUCAGCAGAUCCUUUCUACUGGAUGAGAGUAAUCCUGGCUUCCAACAGAGGUACUUUGAUGGAGCUGGGUAUCUCACCCAUUGUCACCUCAGGCCUCAUCAUGCAGCUGCUAGCUGGUGCCAAGAUCAUUGAGGUGGGAGACACUCCCAAGGACAGAGCUCUCUUCAAUGGAGCUCAGAAAUUGUUUGGAAUGAUCAUCACCAUUGGACAGGCCAUUGUAUAUGUUAUGACUGGCAUGUAUGGAGACCCUUCAGAGAUGGGUGCUGGGAUAUGCUUGCUCAUCAUCAUCCAGCUCUUCGUUGCAGGUCUGAUUGUCUUGCUGCUGGACGAGCUGCUCCAGAAGGGCUACGGUCUGGGCUCUGGUAUCUCUCUCUUCAUCGCCACCAACAUCUGUGAGACCAUUGUCUGGAAAGCCUUCAGCCCCACCACCGUCAACACCGGCAGAGGUACUGAAUUUGAAGGGGCUAUCAUCGCUCUCUUUCAUCUGCUGGCCACCCGCACGGACAAGGUGCGCGCCCUGAGAGAAGCCUUCUACAGACAGAACCUGCCCAACCUCAUGAACCUCAUUGCCACCGUCUUUGUGUUUGCAGUGGUCAUAUACUUCCAGGGCUUCAGGGUGGAUCUGCCUAUCAAGUCAGCACGCUACCGUGGUCAAUACAACACCUACCCCAUCAAACUGUUCUACACCUCCAACAUCCCCAUCAUCCUUCAGUCCGCCCUGGUCUCCAAUCUCUACGUCAUUUCUCAGAUGCUUUCAACACGUUUCAGCGGCAACUUCCUGGUCAAUCUCCUGGGAACCUGGUCUGACACCACAAGCGGUGGACCAGCUCGGGCGUACCCAGUGGGCGGUCUCUGCUACUACCUUUCUCCUCCAGAGUCGUUUGGUUCGGUCCUGGAUGACCCAGUUCAUGCUGUGAUCUACAUUGUCUUCAUGCUCGGCUCCUGCGCCUUCUUCUCCAAGACCUGGAUUGAGGUCUCAGGAUCCUCUGCCAAAGAUGUGGCAAAGCAGCUGAAGGAGCAGCAGAUGGUAAUGAGGGGACACAGAGAGACCUCUAUGGUGCAUGAGCUUAACAGGUACAUCCCCACAGCUGCUGCCUUUGGUGGCCUCUGUAUAGGAGGAUUGUCUGUCAUGGCUGACUUCCUGGGAGCCAUUGGUUCGGGCACGGGAAUCCUCUUGGCUGUGACCAUCAUCUACCAGUACUUUGAGAUCUUUGUAAAGGAGCAGAGUGAAGUGGGCAGCAUGGGAGCAUUACUCUUCUAAAAAAAACAAAAAAGCCAACCGUGCGACACACAUCAGAUACAGAGCGUCCACCCUUCAUAAAUCUUAUGUUAUGUUUUUGCAUUUUGUUUUGCAAUUCGCACAAUCAGUACAUUUUGCAGCUGGGAUAGGUAAAUUUUUACUUCACCAUCUUUGUUUUCCACCAUAGCUCUUUCGCAUGUCAAUGCAGAGAAAACCGUUUUGGAGUUGAGCAUAAUAUUGUCUCUUCAGUCCUUUUAUUCCAGUAGCUGUUAUCCAUCUCUCUGCAGGCUGCCUAAGUCCCCACUGACUGUCUUAUCAGCUGAAGAAUGCCUAAAUGCACACAAGUGUGUGAGGUGCUGUCUUAGACUUACCUCGGGUGUUUCUUAUUGCAGCAUGGUCAAGGAACACUAAGACGGCAACAUGUUAUUUCAAGCUGCAAACACUGUGCCUGGAUAUUUCAGGGGAAUUGACAGAAAGCCAUGUCAUGUUCAUCACAGGUAGAGAUCAUGCGAGAGGUUUCUAGGCCUACAGUAGGAUGUGGAAAGUAUGAAUAAAUAUGCUUGUACUCCUGGUAAGGUUUCUAGUAAUCUCAAACAAGCUGUUGGUGGGUUUUCAUUUACCUUUAUUUUGAUAUUUUAAAUGAUGGACUGUGUUAAUAUUCACUCUGGUCUUAUGUAGGGCAGCGUAUGUCCUAUGUCUCUGGGUCCUAAAGUGUUUGUCUGUGUCGUCAUGCUCUUUUAUUCCCAGACUGAAUUGCUGCACAAAACUGCCGAGGUGGUCGGCAUGAGGGUGGGUUUGAUAGGGACGAAAAGGGGUUUCAUUUAGGUUUUUACUUUCUGUAACAGACAUAAUUAUGUUAUUAAAAAAACAGGAUUUUUUUUCCAACACACUUUGAAA